AUUGGGUCAUUCCCUAAACUUUUCCCCCGACCAGAGAUAAAAUCAUAAUAAGCUCUAAAACUCAUCCUGCCAUCCUGGAACGUUGAGACUUUAUAAAAGAGUAGCAGUGUGGUUAAAUUCACAAUUAUAAUCAAGAUAAAGAGUCAUUUUAAAAUAAUAUCAUCCUAUAGUUAAUGGCUGGGCUAAUGUCUGCAGCUCAAGUUCUACGAAAUGUCUACACAGAGUCUCUGGCUCCGUUCAGCAGCAUCAUAUCUCUAGCAGAAUGUCUUGCAGAAAAGAGUUACAUAUCAACGGACACCAUUGACAGGGUGACCUUGUUGGAGGAAGAGGGUACAAUUGGAGUUAAUCAAGGCAAGGAGAUUAUAGUGGACAUACUUGUCACGCUUGGUCCUGCAAAAGUUGCCGACGUGAAGAAGGCUUUGAGAGAAUUUGGGAAAUCAAACAAGAAAAAGACUACGAGUUUGGAGAAACUUGAUAUCAAGCUGCCCCCAUCUCUAGCGCCUGUUGAGAAUGGGGUGGAUAAGGAGACAAGAAAGGAUACAGAACCAAGAACGAGAGAAAGGGAAAGCAAAAGGAGUAGGAAAGCACCGAAAAAUGAAGUAAGAGUAAAAAGAGAGGGAUGAAGUCAUUUGAUAAUUUUUAGUUUGAAGAUUUUGCAAGACUGCUUUAUAUUUUGGUGAGAAAACUUUCCAGUGGUUACGAGAAGUCAGAGACUCUGAGAUCAAGGCUAACAUGGUUUGAUUGUGAUGCAGCCUCCAGUAGCAUAAAGCAAUAUUUUGAUGAGGAGUUGUGUGAUGUGUCUGGUAGCAGUGUUCACACUGUCUCGCUAAUAAAACUCCUAGACUCAUUUAAGCAUCUAACGGAAAAGAUGAAAGAUAAGAGAAAGGAGAGUGAUGAAAAUGUUACCCUUUUAAGUAAAGAGUUGGAAGUAAAAGAAACCAAAAUACAAGAGAUCCUCGAGGUCAAUGACCAGUGGAGAGAGGAGUGUGAAGAAUUGAGAGCCAAAUUAAAAUCACUUCGUGCUCCAGCUACCAGAACUGUUGAUGAUUUGGAGCUCUCGGAGGUACAAGAGCAGUUUGAUCAGCUAAAGCAAGAAAGCAGUGCCAGGGAAGAAGAGUUCAAGUUUUUAAUUUGCGAGAAAGAGUCCAUCGAAGAAAGAAUGUCUGAGGUCACAAAUGAAAGGGACACAUUGAUUAGCGAGUUAUCUGAGCUUGAGGCAGAAUGCAAGGAGCUAGAGUCUGCAAAGGAAUUACUAAAGACUGAGAAUGAAGAACUGAAGAAUGACAUUGCUCAGAAGGAUGACAGGAUUGCUAACAUGAAACUGAACCUACAGACAAAAGAGCCUACCAUUAGGGAAAUGACUAUAUUGUUAGAGAAUAACAGGAAGUUGCAAAGCGAGUUAGAGUCUGCUAAAACUAGCCUUGAAGAAGAAAAGGCAUCAUUUUGUACUAUUCUUCAAAACCUUAAAGCAGAGAGGGCUAGUUUGACUCAGGAAAAAGAGAGAGAGAAGGCUCAGAUUGAGACAGAAAAGCAAAGUCUUGAGAAUAAGGUGGCAACAUUAAAGGACGAAAUGCUUGCCCUCAGAACUUAUAUUAAAGACUUGGAGGCUAAUAAAAAUAAGAAAGGACGUUCAGAGAUUGUUGUCCCAUCACACUUAGCUAGUCGAGUAGAGGAGCGAGGGAGAGGAUCAAAAGCUAGUGGUACUAGUAGAUUGAUGGAGACUGGACGAGACCCUCCUCCUCCUUCCCCUCCUUCUUCUCCUCCUCCUCUCAGCUUCUCAUCGCAGCAGCGUGUUUGUCCGGGCUGUUCUAAAGUUUUGAAGAAUUUGAGUGACAAGGAAUUUGGUAAACACAUUUCAGACUGCUUCAACUGAGAAAACAACAAUACAUGUACACCAUUGUCAAGAAUAUAUUAUUGCAUUUAUCCAAUAAAAUUUGUGUCAAUUUUUGAAUGAUUUCCAA